CGCACGCGGAUAUGUAAUGCAAUAUAGAAGACAGAAAAUAUUACAUGAGUAUUAACAUAAGCGCAGCAGUGAUAAUAAUUUAGUGUACAUAAAAUGUCAAAUAAUGGUGCACCAGAAUGUUGGGAAAUGCAAGCAGAUAUUGGGUCUGGCGAUCAAAGUAGCCCGCAAGACCCCAACAAUGAUUUGUCGGCGAAAUUUUCCACGUUGAACGUAAAUGCAAUGGAGUUCGUGCCUUCUUUUCUGUCCUAUAACUCAUCCUCGAUGCUACUGAAUGGUGGCACCUCCGAGACGGAAGCAUGCCCACGUAUUGAAGAGCCUCCUCCAGUCCCACCAUCCUUAGAAACGGUCAGUGAAUCUUAUAGUCCAGCAUUAAUUACACCUACUGGUUCUGGUGGUGCAGGAACACCAACUGCCGAUUCAUGGGAAGCUGAAGCUGAAGAUACUAUUCUCACUCCAGAUCAAGAGGAAGAUGAGGAAUGUGAGGAUGGAGAUGAGAUAGCUAAAAUUCCAAAAAAAAAAACUUUGAAAGUAGAAGAUACAAAAAGCAAGAAAGAGCAUAUAAAUGUUGUUUUUAUUGGGCAUGUUGAUGCUGGAAAGUCUACCAUUGGUGGACAAAUUAUGUCUUUGACAGGAAUGGUUGAUAAGAGAACAUUAGAAAAAUAUGAGCGAGAAGCCCGAGAAAAAUCUCGAGAGUCCUGGUAUUUGUCAUGGGCCUUGGAUACAAAUCAGGAAGAACGUGACAAGGGAAAAACUGUGGAAGUUGGGAGAGCAUAUUUUGAAACAGAAAAAAAACACUUUACUAUUUUGGAUGCUCCUGGUCACAAAAGCUUUGUGCCCAAUAUGAUAGGAGGUGCAGCCCAAGCAGACUUAGCUGUUCUUGUGAUAUCUGCUCGUAAAGGAGAAUUUGAGACUGGUUUUGAUAGAGGUGGGCAAACAAGAGAACAUGCUAUGUUAGCUAAAACUGCUGGUGUUAAACACCUUGUUGUACUUGUUAAUAAAAUGGAUGAUCCUACAGUCAAUUGGGAUGAGAACAGGUAUAAUGAAUGCAAGGAUAAAAUCCUUCCAUAUUUAAAAAAAUUGGGUUUCAAUCCUGCAAAAGACUUAACAUUCAUGCCAUGUUCAGGACAAACAGGACAAGGAUUGAAGGAACAAAUAGAAGAGUCUGUUUGUCCUUGGUACAGAGGGGUAGCUUUUAUUCCAUUUAUUGAUGACAUGCCUUCUUUUAAUCGCAAAGUGGAUGGACCAUUUAUAAUGCCUGUUGUAGACAAGUAUAAAGACAUGGGUACUGUAGUUAUGGGCAAGGUUGAGGCCGGUGUAGCGAGAAAAGGACAACUAUUAAUACUUAUGCCAAAUAGGGUAAGUGUUAAUCUUUUUAGUUUAUAUGGGUAUAUGAAUCCAUAUCACUAAUUCUUUGUCAAA